AUGAGCGAACUAGAACAGGUACCGGAUCAAGAAGCCGAAAUUCAGGAAUCAGAUGAAGAAGAGGAACUUUUCUUCACCGAUAUAGACGAACUUCAAAAUCAUGGGAUUGGUUCUGCUGAUAUUUCAAAACUAAAAAGUGCUGGCAUCUGUACAGUUCGGGCAAUUCACAUGACAACUCGCAAGAAUCUCUGCAAAAUCAAAGGCCUUUCUGAAGCAAAGGUCGACAAACUUAAGGAAACCGCUUCCAAACUUCAGGCAAUAAUUUUCUCCCUUUUCACCUCCACAGAAUUUUCACAAGUAAGAUCGAAGGUGAUGUACAUCUCGACAGGCAGCAAAGCAUUGGAUGCACUUUUAGGUGGUGGAGUUCCCACCAUGUCCAUAACUGAAGCAUUCGGUGAAUUUAGGACGGGCAAAACUCAAAUUGCCCACACACUUUGCGUCGUUGCGCAACUUCCUCCUGCAAUGGGUGGAACAAAUGGAAAGGCUGCAUUUAUUGAUACAGAAGCGAUUGCAGCUCGAUUCGGAAUUGACCAUGAAGCAGCACUCGAAAAUAUUAUAUUUGCCCGUGCUUACACAUCCGAACAUCAAAUGGAAUUGAUUAUUGAGUUAGCUGCUAGAUUCGCCGAAGAAAGAGGUGUCUACCGAUUAUUGGUAAUCGAUUCAAUUAUUGCUCUUUUCAGAACAGACUAUGCUGGUCGUGGUGAACUUGCCGAAAGACAACAGAAGUUAAAUAUUAUGCUUAGUCGGCUAACAAAGAUUUCAGAAGAAUUUAACGUUGCCAUAUACAUUACAAACCAGAUUCAAGCAGAUCCGGGAAGUAAUAUGAUGUUUGUAAGUGACCCUCGUAAACCAAUUGGCGGUCACGUCCUCGCUCACGCUUCGACAGUCCGUCUGUACUUAAGAAAGGGACGUGGGGACGAACGUGUUGCCAAAGUUUAUGAUUCGCCUGACAUGCCCGAGGCCGAAGCCC